UUAAUGAAUUGUUUUACGAGGCGAUUACUCAAAUAAGUGUGUUGAAAAAUCGAUAAUUCUAUUCUUGCGAUUAAGCGUACGACCGUCACUAACUGGGAGCGAUAGACGAAGCCAAGCUAAACAAUAUUUAUAAAUUCUCGUGAAAAUUGUGAAUUAUUUAUAUUGUUAAAUGAGCCGCCCGCCGAUGGAUACGUGGGCUAAGCGCGAGCAACUCUGCCUGGCCUCAGCAGUGUCGUGCAGUGGCGAUCAGAAUUGGAUUACAGUUAGCCGUACACUAAAAUCUGUUUGUGGCAAUGGCAACAACAGGCCGGCAGAUUGGUACUCACAGAAAAACUGUGCGGUGCAGUAUGGACAUCUAUUGGAAACAGUGGAAACAACCAAACGCAAGAAGCGCACAAACGAGAGCAGCUCUGGCUUCUCUUCCCCAUCCAAUGUGACUGUAGAAACACCGACAGAGCUGCUGCUCCGCCGAUUGACAGAUGAGCGUAUGAUUGAGAUAAAAACACAAAUGCGGCGUGACCAGGAGCUCUAUUGUAAAGUGCAGCGUGAGAUUGAAGCAUUGCAAUCGGAUGAAAUGAGUGAACAGCAGCUACAGCAAAUGUGGCAGGAAAUUGAAAAGGAGCAAGAAACUAAACGUAUAGACGAGAUGAAAUUAGAGAAUCGUAUGCGUGAGCGGGAACAGCGUAAAAAGGAAAUGGUGGGCAGCUGGCGCAACAACAGCAAUGCCAGACGCUCUAACGUAAGUGCAGACACUACAGCAGUUGAUAUGGAAGUAGAGGAUAUGGCAGGUGGCGCCACAAAUCCGGCUAGUAAUAAACAAGCAGCAGCUCCAGCACCCUUGCUUACUUCGCUGCUUAAGUCGCCAGGCAGCAGCAACAGUGGCAACAAUGCCACUUCACCCACAUCAACAUCAGCGCCAACGGCAAGCGUAGCUAGAGCCACUGCUCCAACAAUAACUUCACUGUUGACCAGCGGCACCAACGCCAUACCCAAUCAACCAGCAAUUAUUAUGAAAAGUCCCAGCGAUACGGCAUUUAUAUCGCGACCGAUUAGCGGACCACCUACAGUCGAUGUAACCACUACUGGACGCAGUCCAUCGCAAGCAGCACCUACUCUGUCCAUGCUGUUAGAAAAGAAGCAACAGGCUGCGGCAACUGCUGCACCGAAAGCUAAUGAGGCCGCAACUAAGACAGGAGAUGCGAUUCCGAACUCUACUGAUACUCCAGCAGUAGCUGGAGAUCAAGAGUCGCAAGACACUGCAAAUGCAGACACCUUAGACGUAACGGAAGCAGAUGAGGAGCAGCUGCUUGAGGUAUUCAAGAACAUGGACGACAUUAUUGAUGAUCUUGACAUAGACAUGGCCAGUGUUAUCGAUGAAGAUAUUUUAAAGGAUGUGGACAAUGUUGUCGACUCACCGGCGGACGCAUCAGCCAAACCAGAUGUCAUUGACUUUGAGGACAAAUUGGAUGCACUGAAGCGCGAGGAUCCAAAAGCGAAGAAAUCACCCAUACCCAAAUCAGUCGAUGUAGUCAUUGGGUCAAGUGAUGAUUCUAAUGAUAAUAUACCACUAGCCGAGGUGGCCACACAGGAGAGCAAAGAGCGUACCACAGAGGGCAGCAAUACGCCUAGUGUACCCUUAAGCAGCGAAGUGGCAGUGGAGGAGCUAAGCGAGAGCAUUACUAUUAUUAGCAGCUCUAGCGAGGAUAAUGUGCAGGAAAUGCUGCCCACUGCAGUUGCGGAGCCAACUAAAACUGUAGGGGGAAUUGUUGAGAUCACAGCUGUCGCAGAGCAAGAUGCCAAACUGACGGAGAGCGGCAAGGAGUUAGAGCAAACCGCUGCAAGCACAACAACGGAGUCCACGGCAGUAACAACUUCCAGCCAAGAUUCAGAGAAGCCAUUAGCGGAACCCACAGCUGAGAUUACAUCAGAACCCAAGCACGACACCGACGAAGAAUCCUCUUCACAAACUGACAGUAGCAAGGUGGAUGAACCUAUACGCAGCAGCGCCAAAAGCAAACAGCACAAUGAACUUAAACACGAGAGCGAUGCGUCAGUGAUAACAAGGCAAACGCCACCUAGAAGUGGUCCCAACAUAACCACAGCACCAGCUCCUUUAAGCGCACGUGCGCCGCUCUUGCGCAAGCUACCGCAUCGUGACCGCUCAGAGAGUCCAAUGGUAGAUGAUGACACUACAACAGCCAGCGAUCAGUCCACAGUUCGCUCCAGCACGCGACGUCGCUGCUCAUCUACGCCUGUGAUUGACAGCAUACCCAAUUCCCCAGCAUCGAGUGAGCCACCAGAUGAACGUCGCGAGACUCGCGCUGCCGCCAAGAAACUCUUUCUAGGCAUUUACAAUACGCUGUUAGAGAGCAAGCACUCCACAUGCUUUCGUCGCGCCUUCCACGAUGAGCAUACGCACAAGCAGGCCGACUGUUGUCUGCGUCCUAUGGAUUUGCCCAGCCUCAAGCGCAACAUUGAUACCGGACAUAUACGACACAUAAGCGAACUGCAGCGGGAUGUUCUGCUCAUGUGCCACAAUCUACUGCUUAUCUACAAGCCACACACACCGAUCUACAAGUCAGCUCUGCUGUUCAUGCAGGAGUGUCGGGCGCUCAAGGAGUUUGCAGCAUUGCCGGAGAGCAGCACUGCUCUUACCACGAGCAAUGUGACGCCCAAGCCAGAGAAGGAGAAGACGCCUGGUGGAAACAAAGCGCGCAGUGGCUCACGUAAGAGUCAGCGACAUCAUUAAA